UACAAACACGACCGCUUUGUUUAAAUAAGACUCUAUGUAAAUAAAUAAAUACAUUAAUUAAUAAAAUGCCGCGGAGGAAACCGUUCAGCAACAAACAGAAAAAGAAGCAACUUCAGGUGAAGCGGGAGAAAAAGAGAGGUGAACCAGGUUCGGGUCAGAGUAGCCGAAAUGCGAGCAUAGAGAGGGGAGUGAGACGGGACAGACAGUCGGACACAUCAGACAGCGAGACAACGGAUAUUAGGAGGAUCAACAAUCAGCCUGGCACCAGAGACGGCAAAUAUGACCCCAACAGAUUCCGGCUUCACUUUGAAAAGGAAAGCAAAGAAGAGGUGGAGAAAAGAAAGAAAAUUGCCCAGGAGAAGAUACUACAACUGGUUCCAGAGCGAGACCUGGAAAUGGAUAUAAACCAAGUCUACAGUGAAGAGCAAGGGCUGGACUUCCCACGGCGACCCUCUUGGCAUUAUGGCAUGAGGAGAGAAGAACUGCUGAGAAAGGAGGAGAGGGCUUUUCAUGAAUUCCUACAGGCCCUUCAUUCCACGAACCCUCCUGGGACCCUCAGCCACUUUGAACACAAUUUAGAGACAUGGAGGCAGCUGUGGAGAGUACUGGAGAUGUCUGAUGCCAUCUUGCUUAUAGUGGAUAUCAGGCAUUCGGUGCUGCAGUUUCCUCCUGCUCUGUAUCACUACAUCACAGGUGAACUGCAGAAACAGGUAGUCCUGGUACUGAAUAAGAUUGACCUUUGCCCUGCACCGCUCGUGUUGGCAUGGAAACACUACCUGACCAAGCACUUUCCUCACCUCCACUGUGUGUGCUUUACCUCACACCCUGGACAGCCCUACAGCAGCUUGCUGCAGAAGAGGAGAAUGAGGAGGAAGGGCGGAUGGGGUAGAGCCGGAGGACCAAUCCACAUUCUAAAGGCGUGUCAGGAAAUCACAGCUGGAAAAGUUAAUUUAAGUAGCUGGGAGAAAAAGAUCCAGAGAGAUGCGGUUGCUAUGGGAAUGGAGGGCGAUUGUCAUGAGGACGGGGUGGAAACGGUGCUCAUGGAGCACCACAGCGAUGUUGCCUUGGAGAUGAACAGCCCCACACAAGAACUUUACAAGGAUGGAGUACUCACAUUAGGCUGCAUAGGUUUUCCUAACGUAGGGAAGUCUUCCGUGUUAAAUAGUUUGGUUGGUAGGAAGGUUGUGAGUGUCUCUCGGACUCCUGGUCACACUAAGUAUUUCCAGACGUACUACCUCACUCCCACAGUUAAACUCUGCGACUGUCCUGGUCUCGUCUUUCCCUCUCGAGUCAACAAACAACUACAGAUUCUGGCCGGUAUCUACCCGGUGUCACAGCUGCAGGAGCCCUACAGCUCAGUGGGAUAUAUGUGUGAACGAACUCUCUUCCAGGAAGUACUGAAACUCACACACCCAGAGCAGAGUCCCAGCACACCACACAACACUGAAACACACAAGUGGACAGCCUGGGAUGUUUGUGAAGCGUGGGCUGACAAGAGAGGUUAUAAGACGGCGAAGGCAGCACGGAACGAUGUUUAUCGAGCUGCCAACAGCCUGCUGCGUCUGGCUUUGGAUGGACGCCUUUGUCUCUGUCUACGGCCGCCAGGAUACUCGCAGAACAAAGAUCAGUGGGAGUCUCAUCCAGACCUGGCGGAAAUCGUCGCCCUGCAGGGACGAAGACCCGAAGAUGAGAGCGGCGAGAGAGACGAGGAAGAAGACGAGUCAAGCUCUGAGCCAGACGAGGAGGAUGAUCGAGACGCGGACAACGAUGAGGACGCCGAUGGAGACGAUGAAGAUGAAAGCGUGAGGUCGGACAAGAAAGGGAAGGCCUUCACUCUGAACAUGUUCGGCUUGCUGGGAGAGAAUGAGUGCGACUUGCGACCCAGGGUUUGAACCCUGCACUUUGCUACCAGCGCAGUCUCAGGUGUGAUGCUGACCUGGCCGGACGCUCUACUAAUUCGACAGGCUAAAAGUCAGAUGGGGUUUCUCUUCCUUUGCACUGCAGGAGUGACCCCUGCUGUUUAGUUACAGUGCCAGCACAAGUACAAACGGUACACAUAGAGCAUAGUGCAUAGUUGUACUCCUCCAUGCAAUACAGUCUUCUCUGUAAGAAUCGACCACUGGCUGGUGUUGCUCUUUGGGCCUCUUCAGUCAGCAUGGGGUUGUUGUAAAGCAAAGGAAUUGAAAUAGGGAAUUGGAAAUGACUAAAUAAGGGAGAAUAGACAAAGAAAAUGUGAGCACAGAGAAUUAUAAUGCUGAACAUUUAGUUUAUCUACUCCGGUUUGACAGUUGAUAAUAGUUAAGCAGGUUUCUAUUAUUGUGUGUUGAAGCGCACUUUGACAGUGUGUUUACAUGCACAUCAAUCAUCUGAUCAUUCACAGGUUUGGAUAGUAUUCUGAUUAUUUCAUGGUCAAUAAGAGGGCAUAUCGAAUUUAUUAGCAAGCUGAGUAAGACAGCUGGCCAUAUAAUAAGAACCCCAGUAAGUGGUUAUUAUCAGCCUUUCUUUAUUUUUAAUGGACUUUGGUAAACAGCGCAAUAAAUGACAUGAAGUUUUGCUGAUAGACGUUUCCUUCCUGGGCCAUAAACACAUUUCCACACUUCAAUACAGUUAAGAAAGUAGCUUUAGUUCAAAAUAUUUGGUGCCGCUUAGGUGGCGCAUCGGUAAAACACGCAAGCACACCAGAGCUGACGUUUCGAACUCGUCAGCUCUGCCAUCAGCUCAGCUCUGCCAUCCGUCUGGGCUGGGUGGCUCUAUGAACAACGAUUGGCUUGUGGUUCAUACAGGGUGGGAGCCAGAUCGGGACUCCUCAUAACUGAUGCAAUUACGACCUCUGCUGGCUGAUUGAUGGCGUCUGCACAGAGUCGAGGAAUAAUGGGUUGAUCAGGGUGUGUUGCUCUGUACACAAAGCUGAUCCGCAUAUGAACUCGCCUCGUGCAGGUGAAAAGAUGCAGUCAGCUACUGCACACGUGUCCUCAAUCAGGAGUGGAGAUCAGCAUCAGUAUAGAGGAAGCGUAAUGCAAUCGGCUAAUUGGAUGCGACUAGAUUGGGAGGAAAAUUGGGAAGAAAUGCAACAAAAAAAAUUGUGACUCAUGAUGACACCAUCAGACUAAUAAAAAUAUAAUACAAACUCUUUUUUGAAUGCAAAUAUUAGCGUAGAAUUACAGAAUUACUGUAAACCCCAGUCACACCAGAACUUUCUUGUUCAAUGCACUUGGCAAAGUAAACAUGACCAAGCUGAAAACUUGAGCCGGAAUUGGUACGACAUCGUUCAGUGUCUUCCAAAAUUUAUUUAGGGGACCAAGUUAGAUUUUACUUUUACUCACAAUUUCAUUUAUAGGGAUUUUGGCAACAUGUCACAUGGCCAGGUCAGGAUGGAAAGGCCAAAUAGAAAUUUACUUCCCUGCUGCUGCAACAUUGAGUCCUACAGUCUGGUCAAGGCAUAGACAUGAGCAUCAGAGAAACACAGAUAGUAUAGUGUAAUUGUACAGUCUGUAAAAAUCUGUUUCUGACUCAUGUAAUACAGCAACUGGCUUUAAACGUAUCAGAAGAGACGUGUGCUAGAUUGCUCAGCCAACUAAGUUGUUGUGCUGGCAGCAGGGGUCACCAGAGUGCUAAGUAAAAAAUGUGGACAAUGUAAUGGGGUAAAAUGAAAAAAAUUUAAUAUAAUGAAAUUUCUACAGCUGCAUACAUAAAAAAAUGAUGCUAAAAGUGAUGUAGGCUACUGUGUAUUACGUCAAACUAGUGAUAUCAAGCCGCUCAGGUGGCACAGCGUUAAAAACACACGCUAGCACACCAGAGCUGGGAUCUUGAAUACAUCGUAUUGAGUCUCAGCUCUGCCUGCCGGCUGGGCUGAGCAGCCGCUUGAACAACGUUUGGCCUGUUGUUCAUAUAGGGGCGGGGUAUUGAGCCGGAUAAGGACUCUCUCAUGAUUGAUGCAACUAUGACCUCUGCUGGCUGAUUGAUGGCGCCUGCACAGAGACGGGGAGAGUGCGGAUCAGGGUGUGUCUCUCCGUACACAGAGCUGGUCCGCAGCUGAUCUCGUCUGGAGUAGGUAACAAAAUGCAUACGGCUGCUGCCCACGUGUCGGAAGGGGCGUGGGUUAGCUUCGUUCUCCUCAAUCGGAGCUGGGGCCGGCAUUAGUGGAGAGGAAGCGUGACGCAAUUGGGCAAUUGGAUGCGCUAAAAAGUGGGGAGAAAAAGGGGAGAAAAUGCAUAAACAAACGAUAAAAAAAAACUCGUGAUAUCAACAAUGGUGUCAUUAAUAUACGGACAUGCUGCGUUUAUAUUGUUGACUUGGAAUGCUCUCUUCAAAACAGAAAGUCAGAGCAGAAAGCAUUAGGAGCUUUCCACCCACCAUAAGGAUUACAAAUAAAUAAUUUAUAAAUCAUUUAAUUUAUGGUCGCAGCAUAACAGUUACAUUCAUGUACUGUAUGAUAAAAUAAUAAAACAAGACAUGCGAUAUUCCAUUAAUGUAAUACAUUUAUUAGCUAAAUGAUAUUAGAUUUUACAGUACCAGUGCUUUCACCUCAGUGGAAAGGUGGAAAGUGCAUAACCUCCAUGAUCAGAUGCACUUAUUUCUUUGUUGGUCCAUGUUAAUGCACUCACAAUAGAUUUUCACUAUAGAUAGAUUUCCAUCUUCCAGUUCAGGGACAUUUGCAAGAGCCUUAUAUCCUUAACAAUCAUGUACAGGAUCUCUGAUUGUAAAUCAGUGUUCAGCAGAGCAGAGAGUGUUUAUUCUGACAGUCCUGAUGGAUGUGAUGCAGUUUCCUAUAAGUACUUGCGUUUGAACGAAACAAUCUAUUUUCGUAAUGUUGAUUCAGAGUGAUAUUGAUGAUAUUUUAUUAUAUCCUGAGGUUAAUACUAACAGAGAUGUUUUUUGAAAGUGUGACUGUAUCCUCGAGUGAAACUCAAACGUGCAUGCGUGUUCCAUUCUUUACCCAGAUGAAACGUUUAAAAUGGACUUCAGCAGCCUUUCGGCAAUAAAAAGCAACUUAUUGAUGUUAAAA